AUAAGGAAUUCCCGAGAUCAACUCAUGAUCUUCUUGUUGUUGCAAAAUCUUAGUUCUGCAAUGGCAGAUGUUGUCAUCGAUGCAAUGAUUGUUGAAGCUGCAAGACUUGAAAAGGCUAAAUUUGUGGGGGACCUGCAGUCGGUAUCAUGGAUGGUAAUGGCUACUGGGGGAAUCUGUGGGAGUUUAUUAGGAGGAUACGCACUCACUAACUUCCAAAUGGAAACCAUUUUUCUUCUUUUUGCUGUUUUCCCAACUCUACAACUUUUCUCAUGUGCUUUUGUGAAGGAGACUCCUGUCCCAAAACAUUCCAACUCUAAAAGUAAUGGUCUUAAUGGGAGCAUGAGCAUCUCCAUAUCAGAUGCUGAUAAAUCCUCAAAAUAUUCCAACUCUACAGCUUUUCACAUGUGCUUUUGUGAAGGAGCUUUUCACAUGAGCAACUAUUGUUUGGACAUAUGA